GCUCCCAAGCCAUCCAUCCCUACUCACUCAUCUACGUGAAAAACAAAGCAGCUUGAGAGAGCUAGAGAGAGAAGCUUGAGAGAGAGAUCUAGAAAGAGAGAGAGAGAGUUUGUUGCUGCUUCGAGAGCCGUGCAACCAAAGAAAACAAAUGGACCGCGUGACAAAUCUGGCGUCGGAGCGGGCGGUGGUGGUGUUCACGCUGAGCUCCUGCUGCAUGUGCCACACGGUGACGCAGCUGCUGGCGGACCUCAGCGUGAACGUGCUGGUGCACGAGCUGGACAGCGACCCCAGGGGCAAGGAGAUGGAGCGCGCGCUGCUCAAGAUGCGAGGCAGCCGGGGCCCGCCCGCCGUGCCGGCCGUCUUCAUCGGCGGCAGGUACAUCGGCGGCACCAACGAGGUCAUGUCGCUCCACCUCGGCGGCGAGCUCGUGCCCAUGCUCAAGAGGGCCGGCGCGCUCUGGCUGUAGAUCAAAGGGGCCGGCCUAAGUACACGUACGUAUACGUGCACGCAUGGCCAUGCAUGCAUGCAUGCAUGCGCGGGAAAAUAAAGAGACGCUAAUACUUAGCCGAUGGAAGAGUAUGAGAAUAGUGUGUGUCAAGAGCAGCUUUUUCCAGUCCUGUUCUUCUGGGUUCUGACAGGAAUAAGCUAGCUAGGCUAAUAAUUCGCUUUGCUUCAUGCCUUCUGGCAAGUAAAGAGAGAGACGGCCUAUGUAAUUUUGUUUCUUGUUUCUGUUUUGUUCUAACUUUGAAACGGUGCGUGCGUGUACGAUCGCCCUUUUUCCACGGGUUAUGAAUAUGAAUAUAUGUAUGAGAGUUAAAUAAUUAGCCAGUGAUGAAA